UACCCAGCUAUUUUGCUUUAAAAUUGUCACAGAAAUGUAAACCAGUGAUGACGUCAUGAUAUAGCGCGCAUCGUACACACGCUAUUUUUGGAGCAAAGUAAAAGAAAGACAUUUUGAGCGUAAACACAAUGUCAAGACGUGGAAGUAGACCUCCAAAUACUUCGCUUUAUGUGCGAAAUAUUCCAGACAAUGCGAGAGCAACAAGCAAAGACAAGAACAAGGGUUCAAGUGGUCAAGUUACAUGAUAAUCUACGCUUGCGCCAGUCUCCGUAUGAAUGUGUUGGCUUUAUGACGCUACAGCACAUUUCACAGGAAUGACGUACAGCAUCGCGUGAUGAAAUAAUAUGUGGAAUGGGGUCAGUUGAAAGACCAUUGACAAAAAUUUGGGGCAAAAAUUUACCUUUUUUUUUUUUUUUUAUAGUUAGAAAAUGUAUUAUUCAAAACAGGUUUUUGGGUUUAACUCAAAGAUUUUGUUGAACUUAAAAUCUUUGUUUAUAAAAAACACAAUUUAAGAUUUGAUAAUCUGGUAAAGUCACAACUUUGUUCGUGCACUCCAUUCCACAUAUUGUCGAAAAAGAUCAAGAUUCAAGCUCUGGGUAUCAAGUCGAGAUAUCAAGCAUCGGCUCAAGAAAUCAAGAAUCAAGCCAAGAAAGAAUCUUUACAAGAUACUUGCAAGAUUGGAGCGGUUAAAGAUUUUCUAGCCCCAAGAAUCACAUGCAAGCUCGGCAUCGGAUCAAGUAGCAAGCAAGUCGAUUGAUGUGUCGGAGGUUGUUACAAAUUCACGAGAUUGCCUAUCGCUCAAGUCAAGAAAAUCAAGCAAGACCAAAAAGAAAUCUAAAGAUGAGCUUUCGGGCAUUGAGGAUUCAAGAUCAAGAUCAAGACCAUUAGGAGUUUACACGAUUCUUGUUCCUGAUUCAAUUAGCAGUGGGCAAGAGCAUCCAAGGUAUCCGAGAUGGUGAAAUUUGGGGUUUAAAUGUUCUCUUUGGAAGAGUUGUUGCAAGAAAGUAGAGACUGAAAUUUAAUGAAAUCCAAGAGUUGUUGGACACUCAAGACGACAUGGUCAUGAUAUCUCGCUUCCUACCAAGUCGGGCAAAUUUAUACAAGUUGAGUUGAUGUUGGCUUUCAAGAAUAGUUCAAGACGGGACCGUUCAAGACAAAGUCAAGACAAAAAAGAAAUUGUUACGACCAAGCUCAAAUUCAUUCAAGAAAUCAGUCAAGUCAAGUCAAGCUCAAGAUUGAGCACAUUUGAAUAUGUACGUGAUGCAGAGGAUGCUAUGUAUGCCUUGGAUCGUUAUCGAUUCCUCAACCGAGAGCUGGACAUCCAGUUUGCAGAGGGAGACCGAAAAACACCAAACCAAAUGAGGGGAAGGGAUAUGAGGCGUGGUGGUCGCCGUCGCUCCCGUAGCCGUAGUCCUUACGAUCGACGUUCACGCAGUCGUAGUCCGUAUAAUAGACGGCGAUCAAGAAGUCGAAGUCCGUACCGUAGCCGACGAUCCUUCAGUAGGAGUCACUCUCGUAGUCGCACACCGGAAAAGAGGAGGAAGAGACGCUCUUACAGCAGGUCCCAUUCUCGAUCCCGUUCUCGUUCGCGAUCACGAUCCAGAAGCAGAACCCGCUGAGCUAUCCAUGGAUUUUCCUGAGAGUGAAUGCAUUUCUCAA